AGUCUGUGUAUCGUAUUCUCCAGAGAAAGUCUGUUCACUUGUUAUUCGCCGGUUCUAAGCAUAUUUUUAGAGUUAUCGUUAUCUUGAGGUCUGCUUUCUUGUUGGUGUGCUUUCUUUAAAUGAAUCCUUUUGUCGCAGAAGUGUAUAAAGUGUAGUUUUUUAUAAUAUCUAAAUGAUAAGACAAAGACGUAGAACGUGAAUAUUAUCAUGGAUUGUCAAUCAAGGACUUUGUGAAAAAUAGUAAAACAAUGGCAUCGUUGACUGGAACAAAUUUGAACACCCUUCAUACCACAUUGCCGAGUCAUCUGGCAACGGGUAACCAGUCUUCGAGUUUUAGCAUGGCCGUGGCGGUGCCUCCAGCUCCACCACAUACUCAUGGUUAUAGGUUUCAUGCAGGCAGUUGUAGUGAUUCGUCGUCCGAAACUCAUUCACCUGAGGUACAUUCAGCGAAAGCUAGUGAUCGUGAAUCUCGGAUAAUAGCUGAGAAGCAGAGAAGAAGUCAAUAUAAUUCUCAUAUAACGCAAUUGACAGCUUUGUUGUCUGAUAUAGUGCAUGCCCCACGAAAAGUAGAUAAAACAAGUGUCUUGAGACUUGCAGCUAAUAAGUUAAGGGUUCACCACAUUUUAGGUAAGACAGUGUCAUGUGGCCAUUUGGAGACAUGGUCUGCUUCCUUUACAAAAUUUUUUGAUCUAUUUGAUUGUAUAAUGUUCUCAGUGACAUGCAGAGGAAGAAUUUUUCUUUUAUCACCCAAUGUACAAGAAAAGUUAGGUUAUUGUCAUAUAGAUUUAUUGGGGCAAGAUUUUUACAACUAUGUUCAUAUUGAAGAUCAAAAUACUUUAAGGCAACAUAUUUAUCCCCCUGAAUUGAAAAAUGGUUGUGAUCAAACUCUUUUUGAACACCAUCAUAAUUUUCACAUCCGUAUAAUGAGAGCAGGAGCAAAGUCUGACCCAUCUAGGUAUGAACAGUGUCGCAUAGAUGGGGUUUUGAGACGCUCAGAUCAUGCAACUGCCAAUGGUGUGCAGGAUCAACAAAUAAUAAGGAGACAGCGUGUUAGAAGGAUUCGCACAUUUUCAUCCAGUGGAAAUGAUUUUGUUUUCAUUGGUAUGAUUCGAGUUCUGACAAAUGAAUUGCCAACACGAGUAGUGAACCCUGCUGCAUAUUCUGAAUAUUGGACAAGACAUUUGGUGGAUGGUCGAAUUGUUCAGUGUGAUCAAAGUAUAUCUUUAGCUAUAGGGUAUAUGACAGAAGAAGUAACUGGAACUUCAGCGUUUGUAUUUAUGCACAAAGAUGAUGUAAGAUGGGUGAUCUGUGUACUCAGACAAAUGUAUGAUCAAAGUAGAGAAUUUGGAGAAUCCUAUUACAGACUUAUGUCACGUUCAGGAAAUUUUAUUUAUAUGAGAACUCGUGGCUUCCUUGAGAUUGAUAAAGAAACAAAAAAGGUGCAGAGCUUUGUAUGUGUGAAUAGUCUUGUUGGGGAAGAUUAUGGUUGUCGCAUGAUGGAGGAGAUGAAGCGUAAAUAUUCUGUUAUAGUAGACAUGGAAGAAAAGAUAAAUCAUAACAAUGACAUACUCGAUGAAUCCCCAGUUGAACAUCCAAAGCAGUUGGAACAUAUAGUGAUGCAUCUUGUUGAGCCGCCUGGGUCAGCUUCAGGAAAUUCAUCUGAAGUGCAACUAAUACCUCCAUCUAAAGAAAAUAUAAUAUCAGCUAUUAAAAAUAGUGAAAAAGUUAUGCAAGAAACUGGUGUCAAAUUUGAUUCACGUAAAAGAAAAAGAUCAGAUACGGCAGAAGUCAGUGAUCAUUUAAAAAGACAUAAUGGAUUGCAGGACUACAGUUACUGAUCUGUUUAAAUGUAAGUUGUAUUUUUGUGUUCCUAAAAUUAAUCAAUAAAAUUAAUUUUAUGUUUCUAUAAAAUAAGUUGGACUACUUAGAAUUUAUUGAAGUAGCCUUUCAUAUCUGUCAUGAUUAAAAAAAAAUACAUUGAGCAUACAGUUUUAUUCCUAUGUAAGCAAAAAAUUAUUUGUUUAUAAUUAACUAAGCAAAUUUAUUUUUGCUUAACUCUAUAAUGUGGCCUUGUAUGUGCAUGUUCUGUUUAAUUUUUUUUAGUUAGGUACUGGUGCAAAGUAUAAAAUAAUGAUCUUCUGAAAUUUAUCAAUAGCAAUAUGCUAAGGUCAACAAAAUGUUGAUUCUGAUCAAUGUAAAAACUUUUAUGAAAAUAAAUACAUUCAUAUGAAUCAUAUAUUUUAUUGCAGGGUUCAUAAUUAUCAGGAUAAUAUUUUUAUUGGAUAAGUAUUUUAUAAUUAUCCAUAGGCACUGGCAACAAUGUUUCAAAUACAAAAAGGCAUUCAUAACUAUAAUUUU